AUGAUGGCACUCGAAUCACCACAGCCACUUUCGAGGAAGAAGUCGAUAUUCCGACGUUUCUCCAGACGAGAACGCGGCGAUGCUCCUCCGUCGCCAUUCCUCAUGAGCGAGGGCCUACGAUCACCGCAUCUACAAUCGUCAAAUUUACAGUCGCCGAGAAGGCUACAACGCCGCCCAUCACACCGACCGUUGAGCCUUCUUACACCGCCAGCGUCACCUACAGAGAAGAGUCCUAUCGUAACUAUCGAUGCUUCGAAACCUCAACAACCCAAGAUGGUCACACACAUCCAGCGCAUCGACUUGCCAAUAUAUCAACGCAACCGGAGCGAAUUCACACCUCCACCCUCUCCAGAACCGCGGCGACGCAUCCUUCCCAGCGCGCUACCUACCAUGCCAUUCCCCGGCAAGCCUCUCAUAACGUCGUGGAAUGUCUUCCUUCCACCAUCACAAAUAUACUCGUUAUAUCUUGGGUAUGCACCACGGGACAUGGACGACAAGUGGUACAUCUACAGCGAGGGUCCCGAUCAGGCUGGAAAGCUAAAGGUGCACUUCCAUCGGAGUUGGACUGGCAUGAAGGUCGCAGAACUGUUUGUGGUAAUGGAUACAAAAGGCGAGGGUGCCGGAAAGAUUGUUGGCAUCAAGUGGAAUGGAGGUGAAGAGAUGAACUGGAUGAGCGAAGAAGAGGCCAAAUACAUGAUACGGACGGCUUGCAGGUGGCAAUUAGCCGUGGAUUUGGAGAAAUGA